UCUUUAUCAAUCUAAAACGCUCUAUUCUUAUUCUUGCUGCUCUCUUUCUUCUUUUAAUCAAUUGUCAUGAAUUGUCUUCGUCUAUCUUGAUCUUUGGUCAGUAUCGUGUCAAGGAACUCGCAAACGUGGAAAUUGUUACAGCCAUGGAUAUGAUUGAGGAGUUAUAUAAAGAGAAAAUAGCAGCACUUGUGAGAGCUCGGAAUACAACCAGAUGCACUAGAGAGGAUAAUAUUCCAUGCCAAAUCGAAGAGGGUCUCUACCUAGGAUCACUUGGAGCUGCUAAUAACGAACCUGUGUUAAAAACCUUGAAAAUCACCCAUAUUUUAACUGUGGCAAAUUCUCUGCCCGCUGCAUAUCCACAAGAAUUUGCUUACAAAACAAUUGAAGUCUCUGACAAGGAAGAUGUGAACAUAUUACAAUACUUUGAGGAAUGUUUUGAAUUCAUUGAGGAAGCCAAAAGAGCUGGAGGUGGUGUUUUGGUUCACUGUUUUGUUGGAAGAUCUAGAAGUGCCACUAUAGUUGUUGCUUAUUUGAUGAAGAAGCAUGGAAUGAGUGCUUCCAAAGCUUUGGAGCUCGUGAGGAGUAAACGACCAGUGGCAUCUCCUAACUCUGGUUUUAUGCAACAGUUGUACAACUUUGAACAGACACUCAAGACACAGGAAUAAAUAUAGGAAUGGCUUAUGGUGUUUAUAGAGUGGCAGGAAAACUUUGUAUUGUUUUUUCUCUCAAUUGAAGAUACUCGUGAACUACGGAGAGUAGAUACCAUAGUUGCUUGUGUUAACUUUGGCAGCUUUACUGUAAAUUCGAUUGAAUCAACAUGAUUUGGGCAUGAACAAGUACAUAAUACUUUACAAAAUUCCAUCUUCUGUGAGAAAUCAUUGUUUAGAUCUCCUGGAGAAAUCCGAAUAUUCUUACUAAACUGCCACAUUAUCUUCUUCUUCUUCUUCUCUUUAAAGCUAUGCUUAUGAAAGACUGAGAAUUGACUUUGGGAAUGUCCAUUGCUUUUUCAUUUAUGGACUUCAUAAAUUGAAUGAGGGACUGCACAUAUUCUUUU